AUGACAUGCCCAUCACACGAUCCGAGUCCUGGACGCAUUUAUACCCGAAAGAUAAUCGCGAUUGAGCCUUCACAUCCUCCCCGAACUAAAAAGAGAAGUCGAUGGGACAAAUUCUUCGAGAGUAUCCCAGAACCACUCCUAGAUCGAGAAAGACCCCAUGAGGUGGUUGAUCGGAAUAGUGGUCAAGUCUACUUACAGUCCUUCGAGAAGCCCUCCCGGGCCUUGUCAAAGGGUGCAUCGUGGGUCCAUGAGACACCAUUUCUGCCUGAAGGAUGGAAAGGGUGGGAGGAGGCCAAUGCGCGCGGGGCACCUUCAUUGAGACAUGCAGCAAUGCGGCAAGCUCUGUCGGAUCAGAGGGACCUUCGACCCGAGCUAUUUGUCUCUAUUCCAUGGCGGAUUGCAAAGUCCCUGUGGGAUUGCCUUGGCAAGUGUAAAAAACAAACUAGCCAUGCCUGGAAAGUAUUCGCAACGGCAUAUCCAGAGGAGUUCCGCCAACUGGCUCCGCACCGUGUGAUGAAAGUCGAGAAUCCCCUCAUGGCCAUGCAAGAUUAUUUAGGUCUGGUCAGAAGCGAAUCGCUGAGUUGGAAAGCGACGUUGACUCUUGCUGCCACACAUGCUAGAGUCCCGGAUCUCGUGGGCUUGGCCAAUAUCCCAAAUCUCGUUGCGCUCGAGAUUGCCACGCCAUUGCAGUUUGAAGGCGUUCAGGAAGAAAGCGAGGCACCGAUGGUCAAUCUUAAUGAUCGAAUUGUGCGGUCAUGGGCUGAGCUGGCACAGACCUCUAAGGGGCUCGCGAACUUGCGAGUCUUGAUGUUGCAACAUCAAUCCGAGAUCUCCUCUGCUGCACUGCGUUAUCUUCAUGACUUACCGGCACUGCAAUUCCUUGUGCUGAAUGGCUGUCGUGUAAUUCCUGUUGGCGCAACGGUUGGUCUUGAGCUGGAGGGCUGGGCUGUUGUAGACAUAGGCGAGGUGCCUAAGUCUUUGCAUGCCAUCUACACGAAGACCCUGGAGAUUGAUGGUGCAGAACAAUCAUCCCUCCCUGCUGAAGCUCCUAUGUUCUCUCUGCAAGUGGGACAAAAGACACUUAAAGUCUUACGCGCGACCUCAAAACAGAUCCAUCAGGCUGUUGGCUAUGAUCCCAUUUGUCUUCGUCGUAUUAAGGGAUAUACCGACCGGCCGGUCAAGAGACUCAAAGCCGCUCCACCUCAAUCAUCUGCGGGGCCCAAACGGGCCGUGAUGAAAGAGCGGAAAUUGAAAGAUCUUGGAGGUAUGCUGCAGGACUUUCUAUAG